CGCAUCUCGCGCAACGCGGACACGUAACGCCGUCCGCCGGUAUAAAACGGGCCGAGACGCAGAGGAAGGUGGAACGAACGGGCAUCGACAACAGCGUAGCGUAGGGGAUCCAACAGAGCAGAGGAGAGGAGCGACCGGUCGGAGCAGAGCAGUGGCCCACUGGGUCCGUCGACAUGGAUUACCAUCACCACCACCACCAGCAGCAGCAGCAGUUCCUGAUGCCUCCGCCCGCGUCGCUGCCGGCGGCGCAGCAGCAGCAGCAGCAGCAGCAGCAGAUGUGCGCGCCGAUGAUGGACAUGGAGAUGGAGGAGCAGGUGUGCUUCGUGGGGAGGGGCGGCGGCGGCGGUGGGAGGGGGGCGGAGAGGAAGCGGCGGUUCACGGAGGAGCAGAUACGGUCGCUGGAGUCCAUGUUCCAUGCGCACCACGCCAAGCUGGAGCCCCGGGAGAAGGCGGAGCUGGCGCGCGAGCUGGGCCUGCAGCCGCGCCAGGUCGCCAUCUGGUUCCAGAACAAGCGCGCGCGGUGGCGCUCCAAGCAGCUCGAGCAAGACUUCGCCGCCCUCCGCGCCAGCUACGACGCCCUCCACUCCCGCGUCGAGUCCCUCAAGCACGACAAGCUCGCCCUCGCCGCACAGUUGCAGGAGCUGAGCGAGAGGCUGAGGGAGAGGGACGGCGGCAGCGGUGGCGGUGGCGGUGGCGCGACGAUCGCUGCCGCCAGCAGCAGCAGCUGCAACGGAGGCGGCAGGGAGCUGGACGACGACAAGAGGAACGGCGACGUCGAGCAGGAGCCCACCGAGAGCUGCGUGCUCGUCGGGACGGCGUGCGCCACGCCGGCGGACGUCUCGGUGUCGGUGGAGUCCGAGUGCGACGACCACCUCCGCUACGACGGGGCGGUCUUCCCGGAGUCCUUCUGCGCCACGCCGGAGCUGUGGGAGCCGUGGCCGUGGCCGCCCGUCGAGUGGAACGCGGUGGCUUGAAGCCGUGGAUACGUACCUAGUAGUACCCACGUAGGCUUGUGUUGUUUGUAGCUUCACGUACGUGCAUGUUGUGCUCCAUUUCUCAUCUGGUUGGGUAUACAUGAUGUGGGAGGGGCGAGUGGGGACGGGCAAUGUCGGGUGGGUCCGUGUAAGAUAGCACUCGAAUCAAGAGAAGUGACCCAAGUGAUGGAACCAUGGAGAUGGAGGCAACCACCAAGCCAAUGAGAUCAGUGAUUCGAAUGCUGCUAGAAAUGUUGUGAGUUAGUAUUAGAUAUCAUUGGUAGAGUUUGCAUCAGCUCUUCUGUUUGUUGUUGCUCUUGCUCCCGCGUUGUGAACUCAAAUGUUGCAGGGGAUCGAUCCAUCAACUGAUAAUAUAAAAUGUUCUUCUCAA